CAGCCUUAACAACAGCAGGGCUGCGGAGGUUAGGUGCCCGGCUUCCCUAUCAAGGCGAGGCCCCCUCCGAGGCGGCGAAGAAGACGCCACAGCGUUCACUAGCGCCGGGGCUCAGCCAGGCGGUGCGCGAGCCGGUUGCGGGCACCUCGAUGGUGGACUCCCUAAAUAUUCGGUGGGCCCACGGCCCUGCCCGGUCUCCGAAGCCGCAGGUCGCCGACCCCGCACCAUGAAGGACGCAGGGUCUUCCUCGAGGGCAGCGUCCCGGCCGGAAGGGGCUGCGGCGAUGCCGAGCCUCCGAGCUGCCCCUGUCGCCCGGCCUUGCCUGUAGGACGUCAGGGCCCGCGACCCGGCCCAGGCCUGACCGGCACCCGGCAUCUUGUGUCCGCGCCACAUUCGGCGCCCCCAUCCCUGGCUUUGACGUGAGGGAGGGAGGCUCUGGUCCGGGGAGCCCGCGCCCGCCCGCCAUGAAGACAGAGACGGAGAUCCUGGCGCCGGAGCGCCCGGCCGGGCCCGGCGUCAGUCACCUGCUGAGUAGCCGGAAGCUGGUGGCCCUGGGGGCCGUGCUCGGCUGGCUUCUGGUCAUCCACCUCCUGGUCAACGUGUGGCUUCUGUGCCUUCUGUCUGCGUUGCUGCUGGUGCUGGGAGGAUGGCUGGGCUCUGACGCCAUCGUGGGGGCUUCAGGGCGGCUGCACCUGGAGCGCUUCAUCCCCAUGGCCGUCUGCCCCCCAAACCCCGAGGCCGAGAGGCAGCUGGAGCAGGAGAUCGACCGCACCAUCCGGAUGAUCAUGCGGGACUUCGUGUCGUCCUGGUACCACACAGUGAGCAAGGAGCCAGCCUUCGAGGAGGAGAUGGAGGCAGCCAUGCGAGGGCUGGUCCAGGAGCUCCGGAGGAGGAUGGCCAGGGUGGACAGCCAUGCUCUUGCCCAGAGGGUUCUGACUCUCUGCGGUUGUCACCUGCAGAGCUAUAUUCAGGCGAAGGAGGCCGCAGGGAAACAGAGUGGCCCAGGGGAGCCCUCCCAGCUCUGGGAGGCUUACUGCCGUGCGAGCGCUCCACACCCCGCAGUGCAGAGCCCCAGCGCUGAGGUCACCUACACACGUGGCAUCGUGAAUGUGUUGCUUCAGGGACUAGUGCCGAAGCCGCACUUGGAGACCCGGACCGGUAGGCACAUAGUGGUGGAACUCAUUACUUGCAAUGUCAUCUUACCACUGAUCAGCAAGCUCUCGGAUCCGGACUGGAUCCACCUUGUACUCGUGGGCAUUUUCUCCAAGGCCAGAACUAACCCAGCAGGAGUGGCUAAUCCACUCUGCCCAGCCAGUGCCCUGGAACAGCCCUCAGUGCCCACAUCUCUGCCGCUGAUUGUUGAGGUCCAGGGUCUCGCAGAAGCCCCUUCACCAACAGCAGCCCCAGUGCUCCUAAGCUGUAAUGAGCCAGAUGGGCCUUCACACCCCUCCCCAGACGUUGAAGAAGGCCAUGAAGCGCUGGAGGGAGAUCUGGGGGGAGUGCUUGAGGAGAGAAAAGUCGAAAACAGCUCUUCUCAUUUCCUGCAGCCUCUGUUCUUGUCUGAAGAUGCAGAGCUGGGGUCUCCGUUGUCUGAACUGGGCAAAGAAACCAUCAUGCUCAUGACCCCAGGCCCCUUCCUCUCAGCGACGAUUCAGGAUGCCCUGCGUGCCCUUGGGGGCUCCCAGCCUCUGGAGCCUAAGGAUGGCAAGGGACCCGAAGGAAUAGAAGGAGCAGAAGCUGAGGAGGGUCCAGGAACAGAAACAGAGCCGGGCCUGCUUGCCUCCAUGCUGAAUUCCUGCCCAGAGAUCCAGAUUGACACAGCGGACAAGGAGGGAGAGCAGAAAAAUGACGCCUCUCUCACAACUUUGCUGCCCAGUCCAGAGCGGAUAUGCCCCCCACGCCCCUCGUGUUUAGAGAAGGAUCUCACCAAUGGUGCGAGCUCCCUGGAUUCCAGUCUGCCACAGGUCCUGCUCUCCUCCUCUCCACCUGGACCCCUCAGCUCAGCCACCUUCAACUUCGAGUCCCUGGGCAGUCCAGACGGCCCCGUGGUCAUCCAAAACCUUCGCAUCACUGGCACCAUUACUGCUCGAGAGCACAGUGGCACCGGUUUCCACCCCUACACGCUCUACACGGUGAAGUAUGAGACGGCCCUCGACGGCGAGAGCAGCGGCGGCCUGCAGCAGGUGGCCUACCACACCGUGAACCGCCGCUACCGCGAGUUCCUGAACCUGCAGACCCGUCUGGAGGAGAAAUCGGAUCUGCGAAAGUUCAUCAAAAAUGUGAAGGGCCCUAAAAAGCUCUUUCCAGAUCUUCCGUUUGGAAACAUGGACAGUGACAGGGUGGAAGCCCGCAAGAGCCUCUUGGAAUCGUUUCUAAAGCAACUCUGUGCCAUUCCUGAGAUCGCGAACAGUGAGGAGAUGCAGGAGUUCCUUGCUCUCAACACAGAUGCUCGUAUUGCCUUUGUUAAGAAGCCGCUUGUGGUCUCCAGAAUAGACAAGAUGGUGGUGAGUGCUAUCGUGGACACGCUGAAGACCGCGUUCCCUCGCUCUGAGCCCCAGAGCCCUACAGAGGAGCUGAGUGAGGCCGAGACAGAAAAUAAGCCCCAGACAGAAGGCAAGAAGACUUCCAAAUCCAGAUUGAGGUUCUCAUCCAGUAAAAUUGCUCCAGCACUGAAUAUAACUGAGGCCCACGAGAAGGUUCUCUACUGUCUCCAGGACAGCGGUGUGGAGUCAGAGACCCUCUCCGUGUCUGGGAUGGAAUCCUUUAUUGAAAAACAGGCAAAGUUACUAGAAGUGCAGCCCGCAGAUGCUCCCGGAAGAGAUUCUGAAGAGACCGCUGAGGGCUGUGUGGACGGUCGCGUGUCAGAUGCUGCUGCUCCAGCCCAAGGCCUCAGCAGCAGUGAUCCAGGAACAGAGACCGAGUUGGCUGACACAGCCCUGGGCCUGCUUGUCUUGCUGCUCACGGAACAGUGGCGAUGGCUGUGUACAGAGAGUGUGCAGAAAGUUCUUCAUCUUGUCUUCGGGACCCUAAUCCAGAGGUGGCUGGAGGUGCAGGUGGCUCAUCUGACGUGUCCACAGCGCUGGGUGCAAUACCUCCGGCUCCUCCAGGAGUCCAUCUGGCCAGGCGGGGCUUUGCCCAAGUGUCCUCGGCCUCUGAGGACCCCAGAACAGAAGGCAGCGGCUGAGAAACAGGCUCUGCAGAGCCUGAUGGGGGUCCUGCCAGAUGUCAUCGUAGAAAUCCUUGGGGAGAACAAAUGCCGGCUGAGCUGGAGUCUGGUCUUGGAGUCGCUGCAGCAGCCCCUCAUCAACAGGCAUUUGAUUUACUGCCUCUGGGACAUCAUCCUGGAAUUGUUGGAGCUCAGUGCCUCUGCCGAGGAGUCUGCCGUAACCAGCUCCACCGCAGACACCCCAGGAAGACGGGCAUCUCCCCUUAGCCAGAGGCCAUUGUCCCGUUUCUUCGAGGGUUAGGAAGGGCGGAUGACUCUGCCACCCAGAGACCAAGCAAAAGACCAUACCCUCUGGAACAGGACUACACUCAGAAGGCCUGGGGUCUCAGCAGCAACGUCCCCCCUCCCUCCCCGCCGCACACACACACUUGGUCUGUGGCAGGCAGUGGGCGUCUAUGCACCAUUGCAUGCACAUCCAUUUCCAUGCCUCCUUGUGGUGUGUGGACUAUCGCUGGUGGGUGGAACCUGGUUCCUCUGGAAAAGGGAGCCGUGGGGGAGAGGAAUGAGCCCCCCCUUGCCCUCCUCCCUGACACUCUUUGCCGGGAGCCUGGCCUGUGCACACGUGCGCCUGAUCAUCCCGCUAACCCUCCCCACGCCCACCCCCAUGCAGGCUCCAGGUAGACCGGGAAAAGCACCACAGCUGGGUUUUCUUGGUGGAGAAGACAGUCUUCUGAAUUCCCUCUUCCCACCAGGAAACACAAUCCAUCCAGGAGUACUCUUGAAAGCCAGAGCGCUGGUCUCUCGAGCUUCCCCACAGCCCAUGGAGGGAGCCACUUCUCGGGGCCCUCCACGCUCACCGGUGUUGCCCAGCACCCCGGCCUGCAGA